AUCAGUUUUCUAUGUGUUUUGACUUCCGGAACAGGUCACGGCAGACUUUUUUCUCAGAAGUCUGAAAUUAGAACACAGCUUCGAGGAAGCCACUGGGUUUACAUGAUACUAUCCGGCGCACCUUUAAACUCUACCUAAUUAUUGCAUUCCCUUCAAUCGAUCAACAUCCAACAUGGGGCAAGUUAUCAGCAGUGUCUUGGCAGACAGUGAAAGUAAACACGAAGAGAAGACGAUUGAAGAACUUCAAAUCCUUCAAAAAUUAGCAGCAGCCAAACUAGAAGCCAAAGCGAUAAAGCUUGCUAAAGAUGCAUUUGAAGACGAGUGUUUGCCAAUAAGUUUGGAUCACAUGGACUGAGAGACAAGUUCAGGAAUGCCUUUAGCUACGUUGUCCAAAUUGGAGUGCUGGAUAACCUUAGAGUUGACCCACAAGUAGCUCUUUAUGAAUUGGGUAAAUCGAUUGGAAGCGGAGACGAAAUCAGAAAAGCCAGCGAAACUCUUGAAGAAGAUGCCAACCUCUUGGAACAUUUGUAUCAUGUUAUUAACCGACUACGAAAGGCUGCAUCAGGUGGUGAAAUAGGGCCGACACGAGCAGCAGAUGUGCAACAUGGAAGUUCUUCCAGUAGUGAAAAGAAAUCUGAAAUCAGUGAGCCCCAGCAGACUUCAUCAUCGAGUAUGUCUCACUCCACUUGGCGAGGCCUUGAUUCAUCCAACGUUGGCCGCAUUGGCAACGCAACAUUGCUGCAUGACAGCUUUCUACCUGUAAGUCUGAGGGAAUAUCAGUUUCUGAAUAGUGGUAGACGACAUUUUCCAAACCCGUUUGACUUGAAUGAAAGAGCCUGGAAAACCAAGGAGAGUAGACUUCAAAAAUUCUGAGGAUUACAAGAUUCAUUGAUUUAAUAUGGAACAUUACUGAUAUGAUUUAUAUCUAGCUAGAGACUCAAAAUAUAUAGGAAAAGAACUCGCAAUGAGCUGUCUGAAAAGUAAAACUUAUUAACUAGUCGCUUUAAUAAUUAGUAAACCGACUGGACUGAUCAUGACUCAUCCAAAUUUAAGGAACUUGUGACCACAUAUUUUGCUUCGAAAAUGAAACAUUACUUAACACAUUUAAAUCUUUUGAAUUUGAGUUUAGAUAAAUUUCAAUAUGUUUUUCUUUUAAUUAUUGUUUUUUCCUCGUCAAUUUUAAUGUUAAUCAUGUUUGUAUUGUAUGUAUAUUGUAUGGAGAGGGAAUAUCAAUUGGGGCGAAAGCUCUCUUCUCUUCGCCAGUCACAAAAUUUGUCUCCAUUUUUAUAAAAUGUAUGUUUAUAUUGUGACAAAUAAACUAAACUAAACUAAA